UAAACAUACAAAUUAUGCUAUUACACAAGACUGUUCAAAGGGAGCUUUAAACCAAUUUAAGGCCAAUUCAAAAUUGGUUGUGGUUCUUUUAUUUUAUGUACUGAUUAAAUAUAAGUAAAGCACCACCUUUCCAUGUAACACAAUUAAUGAAAAUAACGUUCUGUUGCAAAAAGACUAGAGAAUGUCAAUCAAAAGAUAUUGAAAUUAUCAAACUAGUUUGUUCAGUUUUCUCUAUUGGCUGCACCUGCCAGUUAAUUGAUUGUCUUGUGGAAGUAACGCCCAUGGUACAUUUUGCUAGUCUGCAACACGUGGAAGUGUUGCCUAACAGGAAGUAAAGUAAACAGAACAGUGUUGAGAAAUCUCCAACAGGCAUGGGGCUGAGUUACAUGCUUCUGCUCUUCUCUGGCUUGUGCUCAAUUGCUUUUUUUCCCCCAGUCAGUUGCCAAAGGUUAGUGCCUGGCGCUCCAUAUAAGAUCAACACAAAUGACAAGGGCGUCCUAAAAGCGGUGCUUCAUGGGACCUAUUCAUUUAACAAUCAGACCAAUGAUGCUUUUCUCUUCAAGCCAUCUGCAAUUGAAAAAGCCAACGGACAGAUUGUAAAGGGACUCAAAUACAUUUUGGAAGUAGACCUCUCACGGACCGUGUGCCGCAAAAAUGGACACAGAGACCCAGACCUGGCCAACUGCAAGUUCCAACCAGAUAGUYUGUUGCAGCAGACCUUCCACUGUGACUUUGAGGUUUGGACUAUGCCUUGGCUCCACUUCAUGAAGACUACCUAUUUUUYGUGCAGCCCAUCUGACCCACCUUCAACUUCUCCAUGAAACCCAAUCCAUCAUUUCAAUGUUCUGAGGAAGUUCCUAAGCCGUUUCCCUCCAAACAUGAUCACAUAGCUGAGCAUUUUCAUUUCUCGAAAUAAAAUUGAGCCUUAACGUAUGGUGUAACAAUGGCAAUUAC